AUGGGCAACAAUGCUGCCACCGCCAAUAAGAAGGUGGACGCCGCCGAAAGCGUCAAGGAAUUCCUCGACCAAGCCAAAGAAGAUUUCGAGGAAAAAUGGAAGAAGAAUCCUACCAACACCGCCGGACUGAACGAUUUCGAGCGAAUAAAAACCUUAGGUACCGGCUCGUUUGGUCGAGUCAUGAUAGUUCAACAUAAGCCGACGAAAGAAUAUUAUGCUAUGAAAAUAUUAGAUAAACAGAAAGUUGUAAAAUUGAAGCAAGUUGAGCAUACGUUAAAUGAAAAACGAAUCCUUCAGGCUAUCAACUUUCCUUUCCUGGUGAGCCUCAAAUUCCAUUUCAAGGACAACUCGAACUUGUACAUGGUUUUGGAGUAUGUGCCAGGCGGUGAGAUGUUCUCGCAUCUGCGCAAGGUGGGGCGCUUCUCUGAGCCGCACUCGCGCUUCUACGCGGCGCAGAUCGUGCUAGCGUUCGAGUACCUGCAUUACCUGGACCUUAUCUACCGGGACCUUAAGCCUGAGAACCUCCUUAUCGAUUCGCAAGGCUACCUUAAAGUAACAGACUUUGGUUUCGCAAAGCGCGUCAAAGGCCGUACGUGGACGCUGUGUGGUACACCUGAGUACCUGGCGCCGGAAAUCAUCCUUUCCAAAGGUUACAACAAGGCCGUCGACUGGUGGGCGCUCGGAGUCCUAGUAUACGAAAUGGCGGCUGGGUAUCCGCCGUUCUUCGCCGACCAGCCUAUUCAAAUUUAUGAAAAAAUUGUCUCAGGCAAGGUCCGUUUCCCCUCGCACUUCGGCUCGGAUCUCAAGGAUCUGCUCCGUAAUCUAUUGCAAGUGGAUCUGACUAAGCGUUAUGGUAACCUGAAGGCAGGUGUCAACGACAUCAAAGGCCAUAAAUGGUUCGCAAGUACCGAUUGGAUCGCCGUCUUCCAAAAGAAGAUCGAGGCUCCAUUUAUCCCGCGUUGCAAGGGUCCGGGUGACACCAGCAACUUCGACGAUUAUGAGGAGGAGGCAUUACGUAUCUCAUCGACUGAGAAGUGUGCGAAGGAGUUUGCCGAGUUCUGA